GGAAUUCACUUCCUAGUUACGUUCCCGCUUGGCUUCCUUUAACUGUCAGCUGUGCUUUCUACAACAACAAUAACUGCAAGGGAGAUGUUUGAGCGGUUUUGUCUGAGGUUUGUGGUUUUUAAAUAUUUCCAGAACACUCUCUGUGACACUUGGUGAAUCUGCACUCUAGUUAACAACUUAAAAAACACGAACCUUAAACUCGUGCGGCGCCUGAGCAGCUACAACGUUAUUCGACACUCAUUCAAGAUGUGCUCAGUAAUCAUGGCAUGCCUCUCAUUCACAGAACUAUUGUAUAAGAUUGAAGUGCUUUAAAUAUAUUAACAUGAGAUUCUGGGUUAGGCCCAAUGCUUUCACAUGAUUUCCUCUGUUUCUUAUCUAACUUCUUCUGAAGGUAUGAAGUUUGUCUUUUAACUAAAAGGCUGAUUUAAGUGUAUUAACAAAAGUUUCAUUUUCAUGGAAUCAUAAUUCAUUCAAACUUAUUGCGAUUUUAGCCAUGUUCAUUUCCUGCUGUAGCUGGUGUAAAGUUGUAUUUUACUCAGACUUAGACUUGUAGUGAACUGAUUGUAGUGAUGUCUUUGUAAUUCAACUCAUCUAUCUUGUCUAUCAAGAUAUUUUCAGUGACAAUUAGUGUUUUUCUGUCUCAGUAUCAAUCAGACUUAAUAAACCAUUGUCCAUACAACAAUUACACAACAAAAAGUGCUGUAAAUGAGUCAAUAAAAUAAAGUCCAACUAACCAUUUGGUUGAUUAAAAUUAUUUUAUUUUUUAACAAUUGGCAUUAGCUGAAGCCUGCACUCACGAGAUAGAUAGAUAAAUAAGUAGGUAGGUAGGUAGGCAGGUAGGUAGGUAGGUUUCAGUUGCUGUGGUGAUGAUGAUACAAUAGAAAAAAACGAAAUGAUAAUAUGAACACUCCACCACCCAUACACCAUGAAAAGACCACUGCCUGAGGGGUCUCACAGACUCAUAUAAUAAGAGCAAAUUUGACAUUUGGGUCAGAGCAAGACUGUCCAGAGCUUAAAACCGAUUCAAUUAUCUCAUGAAGCAGUUGUAACAGAUACUGGUGGCCAAUGCUGAGACUUAAAUGACUAUUUUUGCUGAUUUGCUUCCUUUUUUUUUGGCUGAUUGACUGAUCAUUUCUGUUCUUGGAGGGGGAAGCAGUGACAGUGCAUAUCUUUGUCUGAAAAUCUGCUUUGUACUCAAAACAAACCUUGAAUUUUGUUGAUUUGUUCUGAAAAUGAUGAAAAGUUAAAAAAAGGAAAAGUAGCAAACACUGCAAAUGAAUACACUCCUUUAUAAGCUGUGUCAGACUCAAAGUGUUUAUGAACACACUGAUAGUGAAUGAAUCCAAUCUUUUUUUCUGUCUCCAGCCAAAAGGAUAAAACUCAGAGGAAGACGGAUCUGUAGCUCUCAUAUGAACAGCAGGGCCCGUUGAGUCCAGAUGGAGGAUUUCAGGCGGACGUACCUGCGUCUGUGUAAGGAGUUGGGGGUGGAUCCUCAGGAGAGCAUUGUGGCUCAGCUUCAGGAGAUGAGGGGGUCUCAGGGCUCCAGACUGGAUCUGAACGGACAGAAUCUGUCUGCAGAAACCUGCUCUGUGCUGGCCAAAGCCCUCCAGAAUGAGACCGUCUUUACUGAGGUGUCCCUCAGUGACUGCUUGCUCAGUGAGGAGGGUAAGUCUGAAAACACAUAAAGUACAUUAACAUAAAAAUACAGUUUAUGAAUGCUACUGUAUACGGUAUAUACCACAGUGAUAUAUAUGUGUUUUUCUCAGAUGUCAAAGUACUUCUGUCUGGGCUGUUUGAGAACACAACUGUAAAAGUCCUGGAUUUGAAGGUAACGCUCUAAUUCUGGUAAAUGGGUUCAAUAUUUUACAAAGAUGCAAAUCUAUCUAAAUGGCAAAUUGAUGUAAAUUCUUGUGCACAGGGGAAUAAUCUGAGGUCAAAAGGGGCUGAGGCCUUAGGAAUGCUGCUGGCACGAAACAGAACUCUGCGCAGGUGAGAAAAAUGCUCCUCCUGUCGGGAUUUUUGAAAUUAAAAGUAAAUGUGUUCAUUUAGUAAUAUGAAGUCACUGAGGUACAUGUUUGAGUGACAGUGCUGGACUUCCAAACUGAAGAAGUUUAACCAGCUCACACUACAGAUUUCUCUGUUUUCAAUGUAAAGUAUUUUAUUUUAACUGUAGGAGGAGGACAGCUGGGGUGGUGUAUGUCAGCUGACACAUUUUAUCUUCAUAAAAUAAAGCAAGAAAAAUGCAACAGUAAAAAGAUAUUAAAUCAGCCUUUGGCCAUAAAACAAAAGAUGAAGCCAACAUAUUUUCAAUGUUUUUUUUUUAAAUAUUGUUUUACACUUUUCAUUUCUGACUAUCUGACUUGAAAGUUUAAACACUGACUUGAAACACUGUUUGCAGGCUGGUGCUGGAGUGGAAUGCUCUGGGGGUGUGGGAUGAAGCUUUCUCGCUCUUCUGUGAAGGUUUGGCCUCAAACAGCGUGCUGACACAUCUGGACCUGCGCAACAACCAGAUCAACCAUAAAGGAGCGUCAGAGCUGGCACUGGCGCUCAAACGUAACAACACCAUCAAAGUUCUAGGUAUAAACUUUUUGAAAAUUGGUAUCCAGCCAGUAGUUUUUGUUUUUGUUUAAGUGACUGGGAAACUGAAAGGUCAAAGCUUUCAUCUCUAAAUGAAAUUUGCAUUUCAGUUGAACUUUGUCGAACAGAAAUCAAAGUAAAAGCAGUUACAGUAUGAGUUGCCUUACGUGCUCAGAACUCAGGGAUGGGUGGGGUAUGGGUUUAAAAUCCACACCAACUAAUGUGUAAUGGAGAAUAAGCCGUGUGAAGGUGAAAUAUGAAGAAAAAAAAAUGUAAUCAGUGUUUUAUUGUUUUAAUGGCACAUCCUGACCUUCCUCUCUGACUCUCCACAGAUCUGAGGUGGAACAGCAUUGGUCUUCUGGGGGGCAGGUCUCUGCUGGAGGCUCUGCAGAAGAACAAGACCAUAGUUCAGCUGGAGACAGCGGGGAACAACAUACCCAAUGACACAAUCCGAGCACUUGGUAAAAUCUAGUCUAGUCUCUGUAGUCUGCACAAAACUGGACCAUUCUGCUGUGGGACCACAAAAAUUCAGAUGAAAUGUAUUAGUUUAAAGCUCCAAUGAGGAGUUUUUGGUUAUGAAACCAGCAGUGAUAUCUCUUUAAAAAAGCAAACAAGACCAUCAGUAACAUAAUCCCUCCCCCUGUUUCUUUCUCAUCCUUCAGUUGAUCAAAAUUUUGAUUCUGUGAAACAACACAAGAUGAUUUUUUUUACUGCACUAACCAUGCUGCUUCACCUUUUCUUUUUACAUACUGUGCUCCACUUUUGACCCUUUAUAUUCUUCCUCUCUCAUCUUUUCUUUUGUUGUUGAACCCCUAAAGAGCAGUGCACAGGACACAACAAUGACAGACAGUCCACCCUGAGAGAGAGCCACAGCAGGACGCAGGUGCUCAGCAAAGAGAUCCAUAAACUCAAGGAGGAGAAGGGACGGCAGGUAAGACUUUGUACCAGAAUAAAGAUUCGCUCAGAUCUGUUAUCAGUAAAAGAGAAAGAAAAUCAACUCUGCUUAGUCCUAAUGGGUUCAAAUACAGGCCAGUUUUCAGGCCUCAUGUCAUGUCAAUAAGUAUAAGUAUCUAUAGAAACUUCAACUCGAACUAUCUUGAAUUAAAAUGAAAAUAAAAAUCUUGACUCUGUUUUUGCAGCUGCAAAGAUUACAGAUCUCAGAAGACUUUCAGGCUCUUUUUGAAGCACCUAACAUUGUUUUAGAGUCUGGACUUAUUCAUGGGUUAUUCAUGAAAUUCCCCAGACUGAAUAAAAAGUUUGGUUGCUCUCUUUCUUCUUUAGUUCCUGAGUCUGAUGGAAACCAUUGACAGGCAGAGAGAGGAGAUGGGACACUCCACCAGGUGAGCCAGAUAAAUAUAAAACUUUACAUUCAAUAAAAUAUAAAUCAAAUAACCCAGAGAGAUGUAGAGUACUACAGCAGCAUAUUUUUCCUCUGUUGGCUUAAUUCCCCCCGCCAUUCAGUUUUGUAACCAUGACCUCAUAGUGCCGACCUUUUGACCUCUCCUCUGUGCGAUCAGGUCCACCUCCGUACAGAUCGGCCAGCUCCAGGAAGCUCUGAAUGAGAGGAAGUCAGCUGUCAACUCUCUCACUGCCAAGUAAGCAUUUCAUUUUCCUUUCCUCCAGUUUCACAAUAGAAAGAGAAGUACAGUGAGCGACUCAGCGAGCAGCUGUUGUUUAGAGUGUGAGACAUUUUAAUCAUCGACCAGUCAAACACAAAGACUUGAGUAUGAGCCCUGGAUAUACCUCUGUACUGACUCAGCCUUCCUGAAACACUCUGAAUAUUUCAUCAGUGCAGCCAGUUUAAGUUACUGAAACCUUCUCAGUUUAGCAGGAGACUUUAACUCACAACUCUUUUUCACUCACCUCGACCCAGUAUUUCAUAUACGUAUGUAUUUCAUAGACAGCCUAGCACGCUGCUGAAAAUGGACAGGUAAACCAAAAUUACUAGAAAUGAAAUGUUGUAACUCAGGACUUUUUCUUGAUUUCUUUUCUGUUCACUUUUUGAUUUAAGUCCCACAAGAUGCAGCUGUGGUAUGGAGCAGUAUGUGAAACAACAUAUGCCCAAAUAUAUAAAAAGCAGCAGAAACAAUCAAACAGUCAGACCUAACUUGAUCAUUUAUUUUGAGCAAUGAAUAAAACACAAUUGUUUUUAAUUUACUAUAUAAAUAAAGUGAAAUGGAUUGGAUGCUUGCUCCAUUUGCUUUUCAGACAGACAUACUUCCUCCUCCUGCUCCUCUACCUGCUCUCAUCUCUCUCUCCUCCUCCUGCUCAUCUCCCUGCUUUCCUCUCUUUCUUCUCCUCCUGCUCCUCUCCCUGCUGUCCUCUCUCCUCCUCCUGUUCCUCUCCCUGCUCUCCUGUUUCCUCCUCCUACUCUCAUCUCUCCUCUCUCCCUGCUCUCCUCCUGACAUGCAAGCUAGGCUUCAGUUUUUUUGCAGAUGUGCCAUGUCCUUUCAUUAUUUUUUUUGCACGUCAGAUGACGUUGACAUUUAGACUGCAUUAAAUGUCGUCAUCACCACCCUAAGUGUCUUACAGUAUGGUGACAUGCACAUGCAGUCUCACUGAUCCCAUGAUGCAUCACUCUGUGUUGUUCAGACUGCAGAUGACAGAAGCUGCCCUUGCCCUCUCUGAGCAGAAGAACCACAACAUGGGAGAGCUGCUGACACGACUGAAGACCGAAAAAGACGAGCAGAGGGAACGACAGAGCAGAGAGAGGAAGAAAGAACAAGAGGUAUGUUUUACAGGAGAGGAGCAGAAGACAAAAACAAGUUUCAUCUCAAAUCUGAUCUGAUCAGGAAACAAACUUCAAACAAACGGCCUAACCCACUUUUUCACAGUUAGAUUCAGUCUUUAGCUAAUGUAGCUUUUAGAUAAGGAAAUAAAUUGAUCCAACAACAGUAAGGGGAAACCCCCACUCGCUCCAGGCUGUUGAUACAAAGUAAAUCUCCAUUUGAACAACAAACUGAGCUCACACUCCCAGCUGUGUGUGGAGCAGCUUUGUCCUGCCAAAUAAAGAAGUAAAUAAAGAAUGUUUUUGUCUGUUGCUUUCACAUUCUUCUUUUAAAGCAGCAUCAAAACGGCUGUCAAUACCUUAUAGUAACAUAAAUGAAUGUUGAUAAAAGCAUAAUAAACACAUUUACUACACUUUUAAUAUACUUAUUGGUUUUUAUCAGAAACUUUCUAAAGCCCUUAACAUCAAUGGGAUGUUUAUUCAAAUAAUGAGCCUAUAUACGGUUUAAUUAUUGUAUUUAGAAAUAGCUUUUAACUCACUUGUAGAUAAUUUAUCACCAAUAACAGCAUACAGACAAAUUUAAAGGUUUAACAAGGUUUUUAUUUACAUUAAUGUACUCAGUAGAGCCUUUACUUAAAUCACAACAAACAUGUUUAUUGCAUGGACAUUCCUCUUUCAGCACUUAAAGGAGUCUUAACAUUUUAAAGACCACUUGUUAACUUUAAUCCGAUGUUAAUGCUAUGAAAGAUAUAUAAGAGAUACUAUUUGCUGUCCUUGUUUUAUUAGCUGCAAAAUCCACUGUGACAUCUUAUCCCAUGUAGUGAGACUACUUACCCGAUGGUGGGGCAACAUGUCACAUAUUCACACUCUCUAUUUGAUUGGUUAUAACUCUGCACUGACACAAGAUAUGAAAAUUUCAUGAAUAUGAAAUAUAUACCUGAGACUUUAGUCUUUCAUCUGGUACACAUUUUGUUUAUAUUUGAUGUACUGAUUCCAAGAAAUAUGUAGGAGCGUAAGCAGACAUACGGAUUGGUAUGAUUCAUCUACCAAUAACAUUUUGUUUGCACUUAACAAUCUCAUCUUCUUCAGACUUGAAUGGACCCAGGUAAUGUAGCUGAAAUAAAAUGUAUGAAUAACAACAAAUAUAUGUUUCAGUAACAAAAAACAAAUCAUGUAAAAUGUCAGAAGUAAACUAAUGCUAAAAAGAUCAGAUCACAAUCUACCGAUGCAGCCAAACCUAAAAACAUAAAGAAUACCACACUUUAAUCACUUUUGCGUAUUAGAAUAUGGCUUUUUCACAAAGUAAUGUGUUUCCAUCCUCCAGGACAGUGUAAUAAGAGAGGGCAAACUUCUCAGAGAAAUCCAGAACUUGACAGAAACCAACACCCAGCUCCGCAGUAAGGUAAGAGUCAAGUUUGUGCAGAACAGUGUGCAUAUAAAAACUCGAAACUUAAUUUUUUUUUUUUUUACUGUAAGAUCAACAGAGUUUAGUUCCUUGUGCUGACCGUCAGCUCUACUGAGGUUUCUGGCCCAACAACACCAACAGUGUUCUGAUUGUUAUAUUGUAAUCAGCAACAUUUUCCAAAUAUCUGAGUCGUAAGUAAAAACAAUGACAUAUCAUCAGCAUAGAGGUUCAUCCCCUGAUGGACCACAUACCUGGUGCUGGUUCCUUUUAACAGGUGGGAUGUAGGCAUUGAAUGAAGAGGGAGAAAUUAAAAACUGCUCCAUGGUCUUUUAAAUCAAAAUUCGACACUUCUUUUGGAAAUCAUGGACCAUUAAUAACAGGUUUUGUUUCCUAACCUUAACAUCUGCCUUCGUCCAAACACUGACUUUUUCAGGGAAGACCUUUCUAUUUCAACAAGACAAUGAAAAACUGCGAUCCUUACUUUGGUUUAUGAAUCUGGUAGAAAAUGUUGUCUUUUUCGUGUUUGUUAGGUGGAAGAAACGGAGCGGCGCUCUAAGACUCAGCAGCAGCAGAUUUUUGAAGGGAAGCAGGAGCUGACCAACAGCACAGCAGAGCUCAAGCUGCGACUGGCUCAGGCAGAAGGUAAACACACACAACCUGGACAGCAACACUUGUUAUGCUCUGAUACACAAAUAGAAAGUCGUUUGGUCUCACAUGAAACCCAACAGACAUGUCCUAUGUGUCACCUCCUGACAGAUCGUCUUGAAAUGGAGAAGAGACGGUCCAAACAGAGUCUGGAGGACAUGGACAGUCUUCGCCAGAAGGAGGUGCUCUCACAUGUGUAUUUAUUAUAUGAAUAUGUAGUUUUCGAGGACAUAUUUUCAAGUCCAGAUACAAUGAGACAGCUAAGUUUACUGUAACUUUGGUCCUUGGGUCUGUCACUUUAAUUUGUGAGAAUUCAGUUUAAGUUUGGAAUUAAUUUAUUGAACCAUCAAGCUCUGAGGUUGAAGUCUAAAUUUAGAAUGUUUUCCUUUAACUUAAACUUGUGUAACUAGAGAGUUACAAUGGUGAUAGUCUGCGAUUUACUUACCUUUUAAUGCAUAGGUGUGGGUUCCACUUUAUGUCUGUGGUCUGUUUUGACUCCUUAUGAAAGACUGAAGUCCAAAUUUUUGCACAGGUGGAGCAGGUGAGUCGUCAUCUGGAGGAGAGCGAGAGGACGCUUCAGGAACGCAUCUUCAAACUGGAGGGACAGCGGAUACAACAGGAGGAGGUCAGAGUUAGUUUCAGAGAUGACUCUGUAGUUUAUGACUUACAUACGUCAAGUUAGUGCACACCCCUUACAAAGCAUGGCCAGUAUUGAGACUGUUGGGUAAAUUUAAGGCUGAUAAUGAAUCUACAUCAAAUCUACGACUACCAAAAAUAAGGUUUGUCAUCAAAGGACAUGUCUGUCUGUGUUUUUCAGUGAAAAUAGUCAUUAGACAUGUGCUGUGUAACGUUUACGGUAAGAAGUUGAGGGGCUUAAAAUAUAUUCAUCUAGAGACGGGGGCAGAAAAAGUUUGAGAAUCACUGCACCAGGUCAUAAAAAGUUGCAACUGAUAACAAAUAUAAAUAUUGUUUGGGUUAACAAUCGUUGUUCCCCUUUUUCUACCUUAAGUUUUUAUGGCGCAACUGCUGCUGUACCUGGUCACUGAUUAUUUAGUAUUUGAAGGCUAAAUAAGAGCCACCUUUUUUAAUCCCAUGCAAAUUCUGGUACCAUCUUGCUUCAACAUGACUGAGUAAACAAACACAAUAGAGCUUGACAUUUAUGAUAUUCAAAUUCAUUAAGAUGCUCCAAGUUGCGUUGCCCAAGAGAAUCGGGGUGUGUCUGACUCAUGGCACACACUCUCUGGGGGUGGCUAUGACUCAAUGGUAGAGUCAGUUGAAAUCAUGUGCACCUGCACGUCGGCAUGUCUGCUUAUACUUACCCUUGCGGGUCAAAGGCCACCCUUUUCCAGUGGCUUCUUCAAGCUCAAACCCCUUUGGUGGUACCCAAAUAGUACAAGCUGAGCACUCAGCUUCACCAGCGAUCAGAAACUGGUAGAUUGGGGGUGCUGAUGGCCCUGCUUCAUGCCCAAAUGUAAAUGUUCUACCACUUCAGGUUUGGGCUUUCCCACAUGGGACUCUUCUACAGGAAUGAUUUCGAGAUCUUACCUGCCAACCUCAUGCCAUGCCCACUGUCGGCAACCUCCUGUUUCCUGACUGCGGACCACAUAAUUGGCAGUAGUGGACCAACUCUCCAUCCCAUAGGCAGGAGCAAACAUAGAUCAAAUGCAGUUAUUUUUACUGUAUCUGCAAAAACACUUGUAGCCCUUCAUUAUGUGUGGAAGCACGGCUGCAUGUUUCUGUGUGUAGAGGAAAACACACGGUCAGCUCUCAGAUCUUUUUUAGUUUCACACAAGCGUGCCCUCUACUCAUCAGUGAAGCAGGGCUACACAAUAACUCAGUCAUGUUUGUUUUGAUUGAUGUUGAUAUCACCAUUAUCAAAAACGGUUACCCGUGGUUUAACGUCUGCAUCCCACUCAUCUAAGUAACUCGAAACCUUGAGAGGAAAAGAAGCUUGAGCUGCACGUAAGAUCCCAGUUUUGAUAAAUUACAAAGGCAGCUAUCAUGUCACCAUUGAUAGUAGUCUUGCAGUAAUGUUCACAGGUAGUUUUUGCAACAUUUACCCAGACCUAUGCUGCAUUUAGGUGGUGACAAUGUUAGGACUAACUCUCUAUUGUUGCUAACUAGUAUGGAAAAUGAUAUUGUGAAAGCGCCUUACAGUGCUGGAAAAGAAAUAUAGUCAUAAAGAGUUUGCAAGUAGUAUUGUAUGUGAAAUUAUAUAUAUUAUUGUACAUAAUAUAGAGAUAAUUAUUACCUGACAAUGAAUACAGUAGGUUGUGUGAAAUUAUCGAAAUGUUGUAUUGCAAAUGGAAUGAAAAUGACUGCAGGUGCUGAUCUGAAAGCCAUGGUCCCUUUUGUUGGUAAGGGGGGAGAGUGAUGGAGGUGUCAAGUUUGAGCCCCAUGGCAAACACUGUCACUCAAAAUUUAAUGAGAGCGAGAAGUUUUUUUUGGUUAUGCAAAAACUAGUCUAGUGCAGAUGAUGCUAUCAGUGAAACAGAAAACUGUACACAGAUGAGAGAAACCAACCGCGGGAUUAACUUUAUGGCUCUGCUCAGUUUCAGUUGAACAAAAAUUCAACAGAAGCUGGUGGGGCUGAGGCCAAAAAACGGAGUGCUACCUGAUUAUUUCCUUCUAACUACAGAUAAUGAUGGACGGUUAUUCAAAUCUACGAGUGGGCGAAUCAGUGGUUUCCCACGUCUCAGGUGCCGCUGAGGCUCAUCUCAAGGCAGGAGACUUGAACCGUUUAAUGGUUUUCAUUAUAUAUCAAGGUAAAAUGCUGUAAUGCUGGAUUUGUUUUGAAAAAGCCUGCUGCUGUUGUUGUCAAUAAACUCUUAAUUUCGACACAGUAACAAAAGCAGUUUUACUUCGAGCAUCAACACCUACAAUUGACUGGACUGGUGCCUCAAAUUUUGGCGUCUUUUACCAUCUUCGACAUCAACUGCACAAAAAGGACACAAAGAAAGAAAUGUCCAGGAAGGUGUGAAGACAGAUUUCAGGGUUUAUUUUACACAGAGAGAGAGAAAUGCAGCAAAGGGGGGUCAGGCCUGAGCUUGCGUUCAUCCUGGCACGAGCCUGCACUGCUGUCAAAUCAAUUCAUUGAUGUUCCUUGUUUGUUUUGGAUCCAGGAGCAUCAUGAAAAGUCAAAACAUACUGCUUUCACAAGAGGUUAUAACUUCAAAUCUGUUGCAGGAACUGAGUAAAGCUCGAGCAGCAUGUGUGACAGAGAGAGCCCAGGCAGAGGAGGAACUGGGGAGAGUUCGAGCUCAAGUGCGCCUAGAAGAGGUGGGUUAAAAACAUCUACACCUUUAAUCCAAGUUCCACCAAAAACCAGGAGUUUUACCUCCACUCAUUUUACAAAAGAGGAUCUGCACAGAGCUAGAGGGCCAGUUAAUGUUUACAAGCCCUCCAAUAAAUACACAGGGCUAAACUUUUCUCGGACUGUCAUCAAGUUUCUUCAUUUUUUUACCCCUCACUCUUUGUAAAACUGCAACAUUACAAGAAAACAACCCAAAUGAGUCCAGAUUUACCAGUAAACCACUCUGGUGUAGCAGUGCAGCAGUUGUUUGAAUGAUAAAUCUAAAAAUCAAGAUCAUAAAAAUCAUUUCACUGCAUUUAUUUCAUUUAAAACAUGUAAUGAGUUCCUUUAUAGUGUUUAUAUUUUCAAAAACUAAAAAAAUGAUAUUUCAAUGUGCCUAAAAUGGUGAUAAAUUCUAAUUUACUGAUGACAUUUCAAAACGGUGAUGGCCGGGCCCACUCCUUCUUGUAACGAGUAAAAGGACCACUCAAAGAUAUGGUAUUAGAAAUUUGUAAAAGUUUGUAGGAGCUACAGAUCUUUCUUUUCCAAACACUUUGAUGACUCUCUGAAAAGCCUCACAGUUACAGAGAGGAUUAUCCUGAUGAAAAUAAAUCAGUUAUUUUGCCCUUGAAUUCUUUGGAGCAGCAGGAGCACGUGUCGUCUCUGGAGGAGAAGCUUCGCUCGGUGCGCUCCUCCCUGCAGGAGGUGCAGCUCCACUGCUCCCAGCAGAAACAGACCAUCGGCGAUCUGCAGGCCAAGAACAGCCAGCAGAGUAUUGAGAUGGAUGGACUGAGGAGGAGGAUCGAGGAGCUCCAGCAGGUAAAAUCACACCUUCUGUACUGUUUUCAACAAGAGACCGCAGGUGAAAAAGUGUUUGCACUGUGUGACUUUUUACUCAGAGUAAACGUUUUGCUUCUAGGUGGUGGUCCACAUAUUUUUUCUUUGGCUUAUUGCCUAAUGCUUGAUCUCUUUGCCAAACAGCAGACACACACAGUUGCACACCUGCUGAUAAACAUAACAGAGCAUUUGGCAGCCAGAUAUAUAUUAUGUUUAUUCUUCUACGGAGAUGGUAGAGAAAACACACAGAGAUUAUAGACAGCCAUCAAGUGGAUCAAGAUUCUGCUCUAAAAUGUGAGAAGGAAGUUUAUUAACUUCAAACAUGUGGCACGAGUUUGUGCCAACAAGUUGUGCUACAGCAAUACAAAUUAUCAGACAGCCACAGGUGGAGAGAGGAGAGCAGGGAGAGGAGAGCAGAGAGAGGAGCAGGAGGAGAAAAGAGGAUAGAGGAGAGCAGAGAGAGGAGCAGGAGGAGAAAAAGAGAGGAGAGCAGGGAGAAGAGCAGGAGGAGGAAAGAGGAUAGAGGAGAGCAGGGAGAGGAGCAGAGCAGGGAAAGGAGAGAGGAGAGCAGAGAGAGGAACAGGAGAGAGGAGAGCAGGAAGAGGGGCAGGAGGAGGAGAGAGGAGAGCAGGGAGAGGAACAGGGGAGAGGAGAGAGGAACAGUAGAGAGAAGAGCAGGGAGAGGGGCAGAGCAGGGAGAGGAGAGCAAGACGAGGAGAGAGGAACAGGAGAGAGGAGCAGGAGGAGGAGAGCAGAGAGAGGAGGAGAGGAGCAGAGCAGGGAGAGAAAAGAGGAGACAAGAGAGCAGGGAGAGUAACAGAAGGAGGAGAGAGGAGAGCAGGGAGAGAAGAGAGCAGGGAGAGGAGAGAGGAGAGAAGAGAACAGUAAGAGGAGGAGGAGGAAAAAAGAGAAGAGCAGGAAGAGGAGAGAAGAGCAGGAGGAGGCAGGUGUGAGUGUGAGUCUGAAAAGCCCAGGGACAGCAUAAGCACAAAGAUGGAGAGUCUGUAGCAGUUCUGUCUUUUUACUGCUACUUUAUCUCAUCUUGAUGUCAUUAUAAAUGGGGAUUGGUGUAUAAAUAAAGGUCAGCUGAUUGAUCGAUUUGCUUCAGGCUGUGUUUCCACAUGAUAAAAACUGUAUCAUAAAGUGGUUUCUUGGUCACAGGAGCUGUCAGGUAAGGACCAGGAGAGAGUGGCAGAGGUGAGCCGGGUGAGGGUGGAGCUGCAAGAGCAGAUCGGACAUUUACAGGCCGAGAGGACGGCUCAGGGGGGACUCAAAGAGAAGAUCAGUGCUCUGGAGAGAGAAAUCAAAGGUGACACUCUUUGCUACUGUCUUAUUUUAUCGCUUAUUUUAAUCCUUACAGUUCAGGAUUUAGGAAGUCACACGUUUUUUUUAUAUCAGAAAUGUUGUUCAAACUAGUCAGCAGGCUGCUUAUCUUGACACUGAGUCAUGUUUUUUAUUUUAGAAAUUAUUUUUUAAGUAAUCCAUAAAAUACCAACCAUCCCCAGUAUUUUAAAUAAAGAAAACACAGAAGAUAUUAUCUUAUCCAAGUCAGACCUCAUUGAUUGCUGAUGCAUUAAAAAUUUGUAAUUAAGUGGAAAUGCUGACACAGCAUUUCCACUUAUUGUUAUUCUACUAUUUCUUUAUUAUUAUUAUUAUUAUUAUUUUUAUUAUUAUUCUUCCGUACCUUUUUUGGCCCUUUUCAACUCCUUACCACUUUGUGCUAUUUUUACCAUUCAAACUUUAUACUAAUGCACUCCUUCAGGACAUUAUUGCUAGUACUUUUCACCUUUCUACCAUUUAUACUUUUUGCAAUAUUUCACUUUUUCUGCAAAAUUUGUUCCAUUACAAAUGAAUGGAGAUAAAGCUAUAACACCUUCUCACCCUUAUAACUUCUGCAUACUUUCACCUACAGACCUCAUUUUUGCUUUAAAAUGUUCAGCAACGUGUCUGCUACAAAUGUUGUAUUCACUCCUUUUUGCUAUUUCCUACCGUUUUUGCACAAUUUCGCUUGGAGCAACAUGAAGUUUUCAGCCUUUUUCAGCCUGACUCACGCUACAGCGUGUGACGUCAUCACUAGAUGCGGGCGGAGCCUUUUGGAUUCACUAGACCAAGCAUGAUUAUUUUGCAGCCACGGCCGCAAUUUUCACUCCACAGCGAUAAAAAACACAUCAAAAUGGAGGUACACUCGUCCUGCUUCUCACAAAAUAGGUCUGAAGUCAUCAAAUUGUACAGUUUGCCCAAGAGGUGAAUACAUUCGUUCAGAGCCAGAGAUUCUGCACUUGUCAUGGGCUGUGUGCUUCGAUGACACACGCACGGGCUCGGCCGCUCGUGCGCGCGCACACACACACACACACACACACACACACACACACACACACACACACACUGUUUCCAUGUGUGCAUUACUGUCUCUCUGUCAGUAGAAAAUACACCCCCAAUAUUAACUUUGUUUUUACAGUUAUUGUCUUUAACUCUUUUAACAUACUAACUUCUUUUUUUUCUUCUACUUUUGCUUUUCUUUUCUAUACUUUCUACAUUUAUACAAUUAAUUUAACUUCAGCUGUUUCAUACUUUCUACAUUCAGAUGUAGGGCAGUAACUGAAGCAGGGCAAUAGAUGGUGCUGUUCUGCAUUCUCAAGUUACUAUGGUUGGAUGCUGCAGACUGCAAAAAUCUGUUUUACUAUUUGUACAUUUAAUAGGAACAUUGUUACACAUUGUUUAAAGGCAUUUGUUUUUCAAAUUCAAUUAUCCAUAUCAGUUCUGUUUAUUCACAUCAAUCAUAUACAUUUUUCACUUAGGCUAUCAGACAAUUUGUACAUUAAUCCAACUAAUUUACCUUAAGCUAUACUACAAUUCUUCCAUUCAUACAAUUUCUUCUUCUACUCCACCUUUUCAACAGUUUUUCCAUUCAUACCUUCCUCCAUUUUUUAAUGGCAGUUUUGCAUUGCUUUUUCAGCUUUCAGCACCUCAGCAUUUCCACGCAUUUUCUGCAAGGAAAUGCAAUUUUUCUAGUACUCAUUCUGCUCUCUCUGCCCGUGGCUCUCAUGCAGCACUGAGCAGUAACCACAGAGAGGCGCUCCUGGACAAAGAGAGCCAGAUGUCCUCCAUGCUGGAGAAGCUUCGGCUGAAAGACGCAGAGAUCCAGAGGAUGAGGGAGGAUGAGGCCAACAGAGCCAGCUACCUGCAGAGUGCCAUCCUCACCUAUGUCCAGGGCUCUCCUCUGGGACACCUGAGCAGCCCCAAGAAAUGACCCGAGACCUGGACCCCACCAGCACAACCUCUGAGGCCUUAGUGUGUGUCUGCACAGGUGAGGACUGUAUGAAGGAUGAACUGAAAAGAAGAAAAGUAGAAAAUAGAAGUGUAAAUGCGACAUUGGAGAGACAGAAGGUCACAUGAGUGAUUAAAGGCACUGGGCUCAAACCGACUUUUUCAUCAACUACACAAAACUACUAUCCCUCAUUUCCUGUCUCCAUUCAGCUGUCCUGUUUAACAAAUGCAUAGUUUCACAAAAAUAAAGCUUGAGAUAAAAAAGGAUUUUUAUCUAAAUGUUACAAAGCACCCCAGAUAAGGUUGUAGCACGCAAGUUAGGAGCUUUGAGGACAGCUGGGGCUGAUGUCAGUUUUCAAAUAUUUGGUCAUUGAGCAUAUGCACAAAUUACAUGAUCGUAUUAAAUGAAAGGCAAGAAGCUUUCGGGGAAAAGUAAAGGGUAUAUGAGCGGGUUUUUCACUCGAUCUGAUAAGAACACAUUUACAUUUACAUCGACACACAACCACAACAGUGUGAACCUCAUGUGGUGCUGACAAAAGGAUUUACGAUCAAACCGUUAAAGAUUUACUGCUGAUUAUGACAAAGAGGUGCAGAUUAAAUGAGAAAAAUGAUAUAUAGAACAUAACAGUUGUCUGAAGUGUCCAUCAAAAAGGUGGCAAAACAAAAUAAUAAGGGCUCUUGGUUCUUCCAUAUCCAGAAGCAUACGGGUGUUGUAUGUGAAGAAAUAUUUGACAGCUGGAUAUGAAACAGAUGUCGACCUCCGUCUAACAGUCUCAGUGUUUCAUAUAAGCUCAGAUCUCUGCCAGAAAUCUUUGGCACUGAGAUAUGUCAUGAAAAAGUGAACCCCUCGCCGCGCAGUCUCAAUCAUUCUGCUCCGGUCUGGAUACCGUGUGCCUUCAUACUGUUUGUGUCAAACCAGGAGUCGUCUCUGUAGCUCACAUGCAGAUUCUUAAGCUAUGCCCAAAAUCUCAGCUAUUACCUAAAUGUCAGCGACAGUCCUGUCAUUGAAUUUCAUCAAAGAUGAACAAUGUAUUUGUGCCUUUUUGACCAUUUUUCUCAGUUUUUGUUGUCUUUUUUAAAUAUAAUGUGUCUACUUGUGAAAUAAAUGUGUUUUUCUUUGA